AUGAAAUUCGGGAAAGAGUUCAAGAAGAAAAUGGUGCCUGAGUGGGCAGAAGCCUACAUGGAUUAUAAUGGUCUCAAGAGGAUACUAAGGGAGCUCAGAGAAUACAAGCAGAGGAAGCACUCUAGAGACUUAUUAGACCACAAAAUUGCUGCUGCUCGUGCUCCUCCUCCUAACAGAAUCAUCAGUGGAAUAGAGCUACAAAUUAGCAGUCUCCAGAACACUAAUGGUGAUAUCGAGGACCAAGUGAUAGAUGUCAACACAUUGCACGGAGAUGGUUGCAGGCAGUUUUACAAGACCAAGUUCCUGAGGCAGUCUGAAGAGGGUGGAGAAAUUGAGGUAGCAUUCUUCAGAAAACUCGACGAAGAGCUCAACAAGGUCAAUACUUUUUACAAGGACAAGGUGGAGGAGGUGAAGCAAGAAGCAAAUCAUUUGGAUAAACAAAUGGAGGCUUUGGUUGCACUCAGGAUUAAGGUGAAGAAUCCAAAACAAUAUGGUUCGAAUUCAAAGAGACAUAGGAAUUCUUCAGUGCCGCUGACAAGUAAUAAGUCAAGUGCAGCUGACGCUUCAGGAAAUGAGCCUAUGGAUUUGACAUCUGAAAAUGAGCAGCAUCAGCGAGAACCGAGCCCCGGUGCUUCAGAAGUCAAUCCAACCCAUAUAAAAAAUCCUGGUAGUGAUGACAGAGAGGUGUUGAAUAUCUAUGACUACAAAGAAGAUCCUCUGGAGGUUCUUGAGCAUGUGAAGAUUAAGAAUACACUUGAAUCUCCAAUAUCAACCAUAAAAGGUGUUUUUAAAGACUCCAGAGAAGAAGAGUUGAGCUUUGGUAAAGAGGAGCUGAAGAGAGUGGAAGAACGACUAAGAGCUGUGUUCAUUCAAUUUUACCAUAAGCUUCAACUGCUUGAGCACUACAGUUUUAUGAACCUCUCAGCAUUUUCGAAGAUUAUGAAAAAGUAUGAGAAGAUCACAUCAAGGAGAGCAGCCAGAUCAUACAUGCUAAUAGUCGAUAACUCCUACCUUGGCAGUUCUGAUGAGGUUACUAACCUCUUGGAGAGGGCGGAGGCUACCUUCAUACAAAACUUUUCAAACUCAAAUCGCAGGGAAGGUAUGAAGUCAUUGAGACCAAAAGCAAAAAGAGAAAAGCAUGCUGUAACAUUUUUCUCUGGUUUCUUUUGGGGUUGCUCAAUUGCACUAAUGGUUGCUAUUAUAUUAAGAAUAGAAGCUCGAAAACUAAUGGAUAAGGAGGAGGGUGCACAAUACAUGGAAAAUAUUUUCCCACUCUACAGUUUAUUUGGAUACAUCACUCUACACAUGCUCACGUAUGCAGCAGAUAUAUACUUCUGGAGGCAUUAUCGAGUCAACUAUGCCUUUAUAUUUAGUUUCAAGAAAGGAACUGAGUUGGGUUACCGAGAAGUUUUCCUCCUUAGCUCUGGUCUUGCAGUUCUUGCAUUGGGUGGUCUCCUGGCAAACUUACACUUGGACAUGGACUCAAGUGCUGAAAAAUACAAGACACUCACUGAAUUGGUUCCUUUGGGCUUACUUAUUUUGGUCCUUGCCAUCACCUUCUGCCCUUUCAACAUCAUAUACCGUUCAAGUCGUUUCUUCUUCAUUCGGUGCUUAUUCCGCUGCAUAUGUGCCCCUCUUUACCCGGAGACAUUUCCAGACUUUUUCUUGGCAGACCAGCUUACUAGCCAGGUGCAAGCCUUAAGGAGUUUUGUGUUAUACAUUUGCUACUACGGUUUGGGAGAAUACUCAAGGAGGCAAAGCAAGUGCCAUAGUCAUGGUGUCUACAAUACUUUAUAUUUCAUUAUUGCUGUCAUACCAUUUUGGAUGCGCUUCCUACAGUGCAUACGUCGAUUUUGUGAAGAAAAGGAUGUGAAGCACAUGUGCAAUGGUUUAAAAUACUUCUCAACAAUUGUUGCAGUUAUUAUAAGAACUGCUUAUGAACUAAAAAAAGGAAAGACAUCCUGGAUGGUGUUGGCUUUGAUAUGCUCGGCUGUUGCAACAACAAUGAAUAUGUAUUGGGACAUUGUAGUAGACUGGGGCCUUCUGCGAACAAAAUCAAAGAACAAGUAUUUGAGAGAUAGACUUCUAGUUUCACACAAGAUCUUAUACUUUGCAGCCAUGGUCUUGAAUAUAGUAUUGCGACUUGCUUGGAUGCAGUUGGUGUUGGAAUUUAAACUGAGUACCGUUCAUAAAAUGACAAUAUCAACCAUCAUCGCAUUCCUAGAGGUCAUUCGUCGUGGCAUCUGGAGCUUCUUCAGAUUAGAGAACGAACACCUAAACAACGUAGGCGAGUACCGCGCUUUCAAGUCCGUCCCUCUUCCUUUCAGUUACUACGAUGAGGACGCAGAAAAGGAUGACUGA